AUGUCUUCUUCUCCAGAGAGCGUUAGGGAGCUUGAUCAUGAGCAAAAUGAGCCGCUUUCGAUGGUUUCUGGUGUAACAAACCAAGUGAUACACAAUAUAAACCAUGCAACAGAAUUACCAAGGCGCAAUGCAAUACACAAUAUAAACCAUGAAUCACCAAGGCGCAAUGUAAUACACAAUAUAAACCAUGCAGCAGAAUCACCAAGGAGCAAUGCAAGUGACUCGGUGGUUGAUGCUGACGAUGAUAAAGAGCAAGAGGAAGAACUACAAGACGAGGAAGAGGAAGUUGCUGUAAACAGUAGUAGCAUUCAGGAUUUGAUUCAACUUGAUGACAAUCCAAACCUAAAUUACUGCAGUUUUGAUGAUCUUGAUCCUCCACCUGGGUAUAAGUUCGACCCAAGUGAGUUCGAGCUCAUAAUAUUUUACUUAAAGAGGAAGAUCUUGGGAGAACGCCUUCCUUGGAAUAAGAUUAUGGAUGUUGAACUAUAUAACCACAGCCCUGAGUGGCUUACAGAACAAUAUCCACAAUAUGGAAAACAUGAAUGGUAUUUUUUUACUCCAAGGGAGCGAAAGUAUAAAAAUGGAAUUCGUCCAAAUCGAGCAGCUGGUGAUGGAUUUUGGAAGGCCACUGGAGCUGACAAGAAAAUCAAUUCCAAGACAGGAAUCCUAAUUGGGUUUAGGAAAGCACUUGUUUUCUACAGAGGAAAACCUCCAAAGGGUGAGAAGACCAAUUGGAUUAUGCAUGAGUAUAGGAUUAAUCAUCCUCCUCUAACUAAAAGGAAUCCAGAUGACAUGAGGUUGGAUAAAUGGGUUCUGUGUAAGAUUUAUUGGAAAAGUGAAAGCAACAAAUCCAGCAAACCUCAACAAUCUCAAGAUGAGAUUUAUUCCACAUCUUCUCAAGAUGGAGAUAGAAAAGCUAGAAAUGAGGCAAUGAUAAACCAGUCCCACCAAAAUGUACCUAAUCUUGAUCAUAUGACCAGCAGAUUGGCUAAUCAGUUUCAACCAAUGGGUUGCAAUAAUUAUGGUCCUCCUCAUCGUGCUCAUAUGCCAAGCAGGUUCUCUAAUGAAAUUCAAGCAUUGGCUGGCAAUCAUGGAAAUCCUCCUCAAGCUCCUAGCUUCCCUACUCAGCUUCAACCAAUGGCUACCAAUUAUGGAACUCUUCCUCAGAUGGGAGAACCAUUGUACCCUCUAUAUGAUGAGCCGCUUUCAAAUAUGGUUGAUCACUUUCCCAAUAUGCCUUUUUCUGGGCAGUCGAACUUUUCUACAAAUGAAUUGAGCGGAUACAUGCAUUUGAUGCCUUCAGAUUUGAUGCCUUCAGACUUUCCUCCAAAUGAACUGAGGGGAUAUCAAGAGACUUCAAACCUAAUGGAUUUAUUCGACGAUUAUCACAUGGAUGAUAGUGUCCCAAAUAAGCGUAUGAAGAAUACAGAUGAUCAUCAUCCAUGA